UGCUUCUGAAGCAAACACACCGGUUUUACCAGUGCAGCAAAAUCAGUUCACUAUAUAUUUAUUAGUUUAAUAUACUUUCACCUUUCAGUGAUUAUACAUUAUUCCCAUCAGUCCCUGCCGCAGUGGAGCUUACAGUCUAUCUCAUCUACACUAUGGCCAGCUUGAUCCUGGUAACCUGCCUGUUGUAGGUGAACUUUGAAACAAUUCAGCAAGUCCAGCCCACUGACUCAGCAAUCUAUAGGAAAUGCUUCAUUUGGAUGUGUGGGUUCUUUUUUCGUUCUGUUCCAUACGUGGAUCAGACUCUUCAGUAAAGAUACAAAAUGCAAUUUGAUUAUUUCCUGUACAAAGGGGUAAAGUUUUCCCCGGGCUCGUACUCAGAAGAACUGCUUCAACAUGUAGAGAAUGAAUUCCAAGUGCUGGACGAUGAUGUUUACAUUGUGACCUAUCCCAAAUCUGGAACGAAUUGGCUGAUAGAGAUUUUGAGUCUUAUCAACCGAGACGCAGACCCUAUGUGGUGCAACAACGUGCUAAUAUGGCUGAGAUCUCCUUGGAUUGAAACUAAAGAAGGCCAACUGCAAUUAAAGGACCUUUCCCGCCCAAGGGUCCUUACAUCUCACCUACCAUUCCAUAUUUUUCCCAAGUCCUUUUUUACAUCUAAAGCCAAGAUCAUUUAUGUAAUGAGGAACCCAAAGGAUAUUUUUGUGUCACUUUUUUAUUUUGCAAAGAUAAUCUGCCACUACAAAGACCCUGAAAGCUUUGAGCAAUACUUAGAAGACUUUUUGCAAGGGAGCGUUCUUUAUAACUCUUGGUUUGAUCACGUCAAUGGAUGGAUGCAAAUGAAAGACAACAGCAACUUCUUUAUCAUUACUUAUGAGGAGCUCCACCAGGAUCUGCGAGGCUGCAUCUUAAGAAUCUGUAAGUUCCUUGGGAAAGAACUAGAUGAUAACAAAAUUGAUAUAAUUGUAAAGCACUCGUCUUUUGAAGCCAUGAAAGAAAACAAGAUGUCCAACUAUAGCCUCGGCACAAAAGAAUUUAUCGAUCACACAAAAGGCAGCUUUAUGCGGAAAGUUAUGUACAGCGUGGGACGCUAAGAAACUCCUACACCCGGUCAGAUGCUUUGGGCUGCCGAUCUUCGAACAACAUACCUGCGGUGAGUCAGAGCGGUUACGCUUUUUCCAAUCCUCUGUUAAGAACAGCACCAAUUUACUGGCAUGAAAUGAAGAAAUUGCUUAAUCCUGUAACUUUAUUAGGGAGAUUAAAUUCCUCUGUAUUUAAAAACAAAGGUCUUUUUAUUCUUUUUAUCCAGUUUCUGGCUUAUUGUUUAAGGAUUUGCACUGCUUAUUGCAGAUUAUACUAUAUUUAUGUGGCUUUAUAUAAAUGUGCAGUUUUAACCACUUUGGGCCAGAUUCAGUUCCAUGAGAAAACAUUAUUUUAUGGUUUAUCAUGUAAAAAACUAUUGGGUGAGAUUCAUAUCCAGUUCCAGUUUUUUUUGCCAUAGACUUUAACAGUUUUCAUGUGAUAAACAGUGAUAAGUUAUUUCUCCUUGAAUUGCAUUUGGUUCUGGAACUGAAUUAGGAAUUAAGGGGCAGAUUCACUAAAGGGCGAAGUGACUAACACUGGCGUAAAUUCGCCAGCGAAG